GCACUAUUCGGAGAACACCGUAAGAGUACUGCCACUGUUCAUCCUGGGUAGGAUAUAGUAAAUAAGUGUACAGGCACAAUCUCUCUGUCUGAAUACUUUCCAGUCUGAUGGUAUUAUGCAGCAAAUAGCUCCUCAAUAUGGCAGUGGCAGCUUUGUGAGGCAGCAGAAAGACACAAAAACCCUUCUUUUAGCCCCACUUGCUCUCUUUAAAGAAGCCAACUGCCCUGUUUUAGGUCUCCCUCUGGUUUGUGAGUCCAUGGAUGGGCUGUAGGGAGAGCUGCAACAGUGAGGAUGGACUCAAGCUCUCUCAAAGCUUCUGGGGCCUUAAGUGGCGCCAGUGAUGCUCUCCAUGGGCUCAAGUUUGGGCAAAAGAUCUACUUUGAUGAUGGUGGUGGUGGGAGCGGAAGCUCCUCCAAGGCACCGACAGCUCCGGCGAAGGAGGCGGCGGCGCCACCGCCUCCGACAAAGAAGGGGAAGGGCGUGGCACAAGGUGGGGGGCAGCAGCCGCCUAGGUGCCAAGUGGAGGGGUGCAAUGUCGAUCUGACGGGGGUUAAGGCUUACUACUGUAGGCAUAAGGUUUGUGGGAUGCACUCGAAGGCGCCUAAGGUCGUAGUUGCAGGCUUGGAGCAGAGGUUCUGUCAGCAGUGUAGCAGGUUUCACCAAUUGUCUGAAUUUGACCAAGGAAAGCGCAGCUGUCGUAGACGUUUGGCAGGGCAUAACGAGCGUCGAAGGAAGCCACCUCCCGGUCCAUUUGCAUCACGCUAUGGGCGCCUUGCAUCAUCCGUUCAUGGUCAGAAGCAUCUCAAUACAGCUGCAUCUAUAUUGUCGUGCCGAUAUCCUUCUAAACAUGCUGCAUUCCGGUGUCGUGCUAAUAUGUUUUGUUUUACAGAAGAUCCGAGUCGAUUCAGGAGCUUUUUGAUGGACUUCAGCUAUCCGUAUCUCUCGAGUACUGCAAGAAACCUUUGGCCAACUGCAAGGGCUGGCGAUCGGGUGGCUUCCAAUGAAUGGCAUGUGGCCUUCGAUACUUCACCUGGUGCUGCUGCAAUGCAUGGCACUCAUGCCUGCUAUCAAGCACCACCGGCAGCAACCUUCUGCUCUCCCAUGGAAUUUCCACCCGGUGAAUGUCUUGGAGGAGUCUCCGACUCAAGCUGUGCUCUCUCUCUUCUGUCAACUCAUCCGUGGAGCAGCAACUCUGCCAGAAACCGUGCUCCGGCGAUCGCGCCAAGCAGCAGCACCUUUGAUGGCCCUCCGAUGGCCCAGUCAGCCGUCCCCGACAAUUACGGCACCAGCUCAUGGGGGCUCAGAGGCCAUGGAAGCAGGAUUAGCUCGCACGAGAUCCAGCACGCAGCGGGAUUAGCAGGAGCAACGGAGGCCAGCGAUGCUCAUUUCUCAGGUCAGGUGGAGUUGGCUUUGCAGGAGAAUGGACAGUGCCUUGACCAUGGUUCAGCUAGGUCAUAUGGCCAUUCCAGUCUUGGCAUGCAUUGGUCUCUGUAGACCCCGAAGAAACCUUGGCCAUGUGGAUUGGAUGGAUGUUUUUUGUGAAGAACAGCAUCAUGAACUCCAAAAACUCUCCGAAUGGUAGUUCUGACUGCUUAAUAUCUUAUAGCCUUUAUCCAUCUGUAUGAAACCUAUGUUACUCUGAGGCAUUAGUAUGUUGUGAUGCCCUUUUGCUAAUCUAUUUCCGUAGCCGUGGUAACAUC